AUGCAGCAGCCCGGCUCAAAACUACCUAAUAUGAAUGCCGAUGCCACAGGCUUCUCCCAUGGAGCUUACGCCUCCAACAAUCUAGAUUUUGGAGACCGCAACUCCCGCAGAGUAAAUAUCCCUUCGAUCAACACGGGCGUGAAUGGCCAGAACCCUGGGGAUAUGACUGCUCCAGGAACGGCGGGUUUUGAUAUGAGUCUCACCCCAUUACUCCCCUCCCAGCUCCUCCUUGGAAGCCCAUUCCAACCCGGCACACCGUGUGCCUUCGCCUCUCCUCAAUUCUCUGGAUUCCAGAGCUUCCCCCAAGCCAACGGUACGAGCCAAAAUCAGCAGAACCAGAUAGGAAGCCCUACCCUGACCCAUCAGAAUGCCCUCUCGCCGCAGCUUUACCAAAGUUUGAUACCCUCGGAUAGCUUCAAUGCUUCGCAACUCAUUGGUGGCCCUCAAUCCCCAGUUGGUUCUUUUCCUGGAUUUGCGAAUGCGGCUUUUGGGGCUGCUAAUGUUGCCUUUCAGGGCCCAAUUAUUUCGGGAACGAGCCGCACCGUUUAUUUGGGAAACCUUCCCCCGGAAACAUCGGCAGAGGAAAUUCUAGGCCAUGUUCGUAGUGGCCAGAUUGAGUCUGUACGGUUGCUUCCAGACAAGAACUGUGCUUUUAUAUCUUUCCUGGAGAGCAGCUCUGCAACCCACUUUCACUCCGAUGCUAUUUUGAAGAAACUCGCUAUCAAAGGAAAUGAUAUCAAAAUUGGUUGGGGUAAGCCUUCCCAGGUACCAACAUCCGUGUCUUUGGCCGUUCAGCAAUCUGGAGCCUCUCGAAACGUGUACCUUGGAAACCUUGCCGAGGAUGUCACCGAAGAAGAAUUGCGUGAAGAUCUUGGCAAGUUUGGUCCCAUUGAUACGAUUAAGAUUGUCAAAGAGAAGUCCAUUGGAUUCGUCCAUUUCUUGUCGAUCAGCAAUGCAAUCAAGGCCGUUACCCAACUACCGCAGGAGCCGAAAUGGCAAGCACCAAAGCGUGUGUACUAUGGCAAGGAUCGUUGCGCCUAUGUCUCCAAGACCCAACAGCAAAAUGCUGCUCAGUAUCUAGGCAUUGCUCCAGGUUACGCGCACAUUCUCAACUCUGCCGAUCGUGACCUCAUCUCCAACGCUUUGGCUCAGCAAUCCGUCGCAGCAGCAGCAGUUGCAACCACCGCUGGUGGUGUGAACAACCUUGGAAACAGAACAGUGUAUCUCGGAAAUAUCCACCCGGAAACAACCAUCGAGGAGAUCUGUAAUGUUGUGCGAGGCGGGCUUCUACAUCACAUCCGCUACAUACCCGACAAACACAUCUGCUUUGUCACCUUCAUCGAUCCGACAUCUGCUGCAUCCUUCUAUGCACUUAGCAACCUGCAGGGCUUGAUGAUCCAUAACCGGAGACUCAAAAUUGGCUGGGGUAAGCAUUCCGGUGCUCUUCCCCCUGCCAUUGCCCUGGCAGUCAGUGGCGGGGCAUCCCGAAACGUUUACAUCGGUAAUUUGGAUGAAACCUGGACCGAGGAACGGCUUCGCCAAGAUUUCUCUUCCUAUGGUGAAAUCGAACUGGUUAACGCCUUGCGUGAAAAGAGCUGUGCUUUCGUCAACUUCACCAACAUUGCCAAUGCCAUCAAAGCGAUAGAGGCAAUGCGCAGUCGGGACGAAUACAAGCGGUUCAAAAUCAAUUUCGGUAAGGAUCGUUGCGGCAACCCUCCCCGCCAGAUCAACGCCAAUGGCGAGCAGAGCCGCGGUGAUGGCAAUCAGUCUUCCCCCCCCAGGAACGGAAAUUUGCAAAAUGGUGGAUCGCAAUGUAGCCCCAUCGGUGGUCCAGCAGUUCCACAGGCACCUGGGUCAUCAGGGUCGCACUCCCAAAAUGGUCAUCAUAACCGACAAAUCCCUCUCGCCGCUACGCCCUCCGCCAUCCUAAAUGCCGGCAGCAAUAAUCCCCUAACUCUCUACCUAAACCAAAUCUCUCAACAGCAAUCCCAAGAACAUGAGAACCGUCUCAAUGACCACCUAGCCCUCGCAACCCUGCAGCAUCAACAGCAACAGGCCCUCGCCCACCAACAAGCAACCCUCUACAACAAUGCCUCUGGAUCAAACGACUUGCCAAAUGGCCACCACACAGUGCACCAGUCCAAGGGAUCUAUCACCACGCACGGCGGUCUCCUGAACGUUUCCAAUGGCGCCCCCAGCACCAGCAAUGGCAAUACGCUCAGCGUCCCACGAGCCCAACACUCACGCGCCGUCAGUCUCCCUUCCUUCACGCAGGAGGUCUUUGGUGUUGGUCAGGGCUCGGGUUCGGGUCAGCAACCACAGCGCGGUGGGAUGGGUCAUCAUCAUCCUCAGGGGAGCUUUUCGGGUUUUGUCAGUGGACUGGGCGGGCUGAGUCACAGUGGAUUUGGAUUGGUGAUUGCGAACGAGGGGUCGCUGCCUGGAUGGGCGGAGGAGGAGAUUGGGGCGAAGUGA